AUGCCACCCAGUCCCGCCACGCUCACGGACGAGGCAGAAGCAACGCGGGAUGAGGAGGAGGUCGGUCUCGAUCCAGACCCCCAACACGGGCCCCGACGCAGCGAAACCGCCCCCAUCUCGGGCCAUCUCGACAGGGCCGCGGGCCCCGAAGGGCGCCGGAUGCCUUGGCCAGCCCUGCUGCUUGCCUGCCUGAGCCUGGGCCGCACGCAGGAGGCAGCACUGGGAAAUGUGGAGUGGGAGCCCGAGCCCCCGGCCAGCAGCACCUGGGGGUCCUGGGGGCCCUGGAGCAUCUGCUCUAGCAGCUGCGGGGAUGGUGUCGCCCUGCGCAUGCGACGCUGCCUGCGGGUCUCCGCAGAGGAACUGUGCAGAGGGGAGCCGCGGCAGUACCGCGUGUGCCAGCUGGAGGGCUGUCCCCGUGGCGCCAUGCCCUUCCGUGCCAUGCAGUGCUCCCUGUACGACACUAAGCCCGUGCUGGGCACCCUGGCCCACUACCGCUGGGUGCCUUUCCACGGAGCACCCAAUGUCUGUGACCUGAACUGCCUGGCUGCAGGGCACAACUUCUACUAUACGUUCGGGCGGGUGCUGGAUGGCACCCGCUGCAGCCCAGACUCCCCGGACCUCUGCGUUGGCGGGCGCUGCCUGAGCGCUGGCUGUGAUGGGAUCCUGGGCUCGGGCGUGCAGCCUGACGCGUGCGGACAGUGUGGCGGUAGCCCCGGCACCUGCAUCUUCGUGCACCGGCUCUUCCAGGGUGUACCCCCCUCCUCCGGUUAUUUUGGGUACCUGAAUGUGACCAAGAUCCCGGCUGGGGCCACCAACAUCAAGGUGACAGAUAAGAGCCGCAACUACCUAGCCCUGAUGAGCAGCGACCAGCGCUAUGUGCUCAACGGGGACUGGUCCAUUGCCUGGCCCGGUGCCUACGAGGUGGCUGGCACACGGCUGCUCUACGCGCGCGCCGCUGACGGCACCGAGAGCCUGGAGGCGCCAGGACCCACGGCCGAGGAGCUGCACGUGAUGGUCCUGCUGCAGGAGCCCAACCCCAGGAUCGAGUACGAAUUCUGGGCACCCCGGCAGCACGGAGCCAGCGCCCUGCGCCAGCGCCAGCCACAGCCCCGCGGCGCCGGCAGCCCGCAGCCCAGCCCAGGCCCACCCCCGCUGUCCCCACGCUGGGGCUCCAGAACAGAGACACCACCAAGAGACCCCACUGGUCACAGCGGGACCCUCACAGGCUCCCCCCUACCUGGUGACUUUGGCACUGCAGGGCACUGCGGGAAAUGCCGCACACCCAAGGGUCACUCCCAGCGCAUCCAUCACUUCUGCCAGAGCGACUUCGUUUUCCAGGCCCGAAUCGUGGCCACGCAGUUGGUGGGGCAGGAGACGCGGCACGAGGUGCGGGUGCUGACACGGUACCGGCGCCACUUCCCGCUGCUGCCACGCGAGUACGUGUGGGUGCCGAGCACAUGUGGGUGCCCGCGGCUGCAGCGCGGCCGCCGCUAUGUGCUCAUGGCCCAGCGCCAUGUCAACCGCGAGCACACUCUUAACCGCAUCGUGCUGCGCGCUGAUGGCUACGCACGGCCCUGGUCGGUGCACGAGGAACGCCGUGUGCGGGAGGCAGCACGCCACUGUGGCCCCUCACCACCCUAAC